GCUUCCCCCCUCCCGCCCCCGUCCGUCCCCCACCCCCACAGCCCGCCCCCCACGCGCCCUCUCUCUCUCGAUCGCUCGCUCGCUCUCCUCUUCGUCCGUCCCCUCGCCCGCCAGACCUUAGUUUUUCGUCUCAGGUGCUGCUGCUCGGCUGUGGUGCGUCGCGCUCGGUUAGAUCUAGGUAGACUACCGUAGUGGCAUGGUGUUGUUAUCGGGGUUUUAGAUCCAUUAUCUGGUGCUACAUUGGAUUCUGCAGAUCUUGGUGUCGACAAAGGGUUUGCGUUUAUCUGUUGGUUCAUUCCGGAUCGAAGGCUUCAUCUUUUGAUUAGGACAAGUAUCACCCGUGAGGAAGGUCCGAAGGCCAAGUUCUGGCGUAGAGUCAUCUACGACCUCCGGGUUGACUCCACUACAGAUUGGUGCGUGAACGUCGUUCUCCUGUCUCUACCGGAGCAUCUCCUUACAGUUGCCCUCGACUUGGGGGUUCAAACGUCGCUGCCUGCUUAGGCAGGACACCGCUUUGCCCUAGGUCGUAAGUGGAGGCGACCAUGUCGAAGAAAAAAGUUGCUUCUCGCUCGGCUAUGACCUUGAAGGACUUCCAUGGAGGAUCAAUUCCGUCAGAUUUGCCACUCCCUUCAGCUCCCGGAAUGACUGUUGAUCGCAGCGCUUACGAAAGACAAGGCUCUGGCACGUGGAUGAGUCCUACCCUGGGCAGGGGUUACGGAGGUGACCGAGGCGGGUACUCAAGGCAAGGAUCUUCAAACGCAGUUCGUACUUUUGAAGACAAAGCUUCAUACUUUCCGAACCCUGCUAAUAUUGGCCGCAACUAUGACGAAGAUGAGCGCAAGCCCGUCGAUGGGCGCCCUCGGAGUAGCCAUAGUGCAGAUCGCUACGACGAUCAUGGAUACGAAGAGAGGCGAGGUGGAUUUUCUAUGGAUAGGUAUUCCCUCGAAGAUCAAGGAAGCUUUGCCAGUGCCCCCGGGAGCUACGUGGAGGCUCGUGGACUGGGUUCUUCUGAUCGAUUCCCUCCCUCUCAGGUGGCAGGUGUUGGAUUCGAGAGCGACAACUAUGUACAUGACGAGUUUGGACUUAUACCCGUGGGUCCGCCUCCUGCUCGAAUGACCCGUGAAAUUCCAUUGAGGCAGCAACCACCCUACCAACGAGAACUUAUUCAGACGCCACCAGAGCAGCAUCCUUAUGAUCAGUCCCCGCCUACGUCUUCCUUGCUUCCUUAUGCGACCCAGCAGCAGCAGCAGCAGUUAGCGUCGUCCCCACCGCGAUCGUGGAGAAAUCCUUCCCACCAGCCGGCCCCGAUUUCCGUCACACGGACUCAGCAGGAACCCGCAGCACCGGCAAACGUGUGGACUGCAAGACGUGAGAGUGAAUUCACAAGAGCUCCUGCGACCGAAUCUCCAGCCGAGCCCUUCACGUCGUCCUCUUGGCGUUCACAGGGAAGCGCUGCAAAGAUUUCCGAGGCCAGCGCUGUAGACAAGGUCUCUUCAGGACGCUGGCAGUCGGAUGCUACACGUCCGUUUAUGACGACGGACAGGCGACCUGAAGGAUCUCAUCUCACUCCCGGAGGGGCAAGCGAUGAACCCAUCUCGCAAAAUGCGUAUGGCUCUGAGUACGUCGAGCAGUCUCCAUACUCCGGAGCACAACCCUCCGACGCAGUCCAGGGGGCUUACGACGACGCUGGCAGGGCUGGGCCCGGUGGUAUGAAGAGGACGACCUUCAGCCAAGCUGGAAGGGGGGAGGCUUUGGACAGGGCCGGAUAUGUCGAAGAGAGGGGAACAAGUCGGACAUGGUAUCCAGACGCAGGGGCCCGAACUGGCUACGUCCUCGACACAGGCCGGCGCAGCUAUCCGGAGGAGCGAUGGACUGGCAGUGGCACUGGCGGGUUUAGUGAAACAGAGAGGGGCAGUAAUGCUGAUAUAGAGAGAAUUGCGCACCCGGAGACUGGUAGAGGAGGGUAUUCCGAUCCCGGCCGAACGAAGGGCGAAUCGAAUAGAGCUCCUUACGCGGAAGUGGAGAGAGGUGCGCCAGUGGAGAGUGAGAGAGUAGAAGUUAGUGAAACUAGCAGACCUGGUUUCACCGAGUCCAGUAGGUAUGGGUUCGGAUCCAGCGGACGGGGUGGCCUUUCGAGUGUUGAGCGCGGCUCGCAGUACGAAACCGGCCGCGGUGGGUAUUCCGACCGGAGUAGGUACCAUGAUGACGGAGAAGGAUCUUUCCCGCAGGAAAGUGGUCAAGUCAUGUAUACAGAGAAUGGUAGGAGUUCUUAUGUCCCCGAAGGUGGUGCCACCGCGUAUUCUCGUGAGGAGACGAGGGGUGGUUACGGUUCUGACGGCAAUCGUGCUUCAUAUGGAGACCGAGAACGCAGUCGAAGUCCUUACACUCUAGCUCUAGACCGAGCAGGUGCGGUGUCGCCUGAUAUUGCUAGAUCUCCUGCCGCCGAGGUUUGGCGUUCAGGACCCAUUGAUUCCACUCGAGCAGCCCCAGGCACAAAGCCUGAACCUGCAGAGAGGCCGAAGCUCAAACUGUUGCCACGUACUAAACCUUUGGAAAAGGAAACGUCCAGCGCUUCAAAUGAGGAUGUCGGGGGAUCUGAGAAAGGAGUCGAAUUCCGGUACUCGGAGGAGAAGCGACCUGCUGAGAUUCUGUCGCUUGAAACCUUUCCUGAUCAGUCCAACGAGAUUGGAGCAAACAAUUCUUCGUCCGAAUCGAAUGACGAAGCCAAUCGGAAGGUGGAGCGUCCAAAGCUAAAUUUGAAGCCCCGAACUCACCCCACGGAAGUCGAACCUGUCGAAGGAUCUCAAAAAGUCAGGCAGGUAGUUUUUGGUGGUGCUCGUCCUCGAGAGCUGGUUUUGAAAGAGCGUGGAGUGGAUGACCCUCUUGCAAUUUCGGAAGCAAGCCAAACACCUCUAAGUGCAAGUGUACAAUCAUCGACUCCCAAUUCGGCGAAGCCUGAGCGAGCAGAUGUCGUGAGGGUUGAGAGGCAAGAAAGCUGGGGAGAGGAAAAGCCGGAGGGUCGGCGAUAUGAAAGGCCAGAUAGAGGAUUUGAUAGACAAGUGAGCAACAGGCAAGAGGUAACUCGAGGUGAUAGGGAGUUUGAGAGGAAGGAUAGUAGAAGGGACAAGGAAAGGCUUGAAACUCGUCGCAAUCCGGAGAGGUUUGAAAAUCGGCGUGAACCCGACCGGCCGGAGCCUCGACGGGAUGUAGAUGCUCGUCGUGAUAUUGACAAGCAGGACAGUUGGCGCCGGCCCGCAGAAUCUCCGGUUGUAGCCUCUAUCGGCCCGCGUAAUCCGAGUUCAACUGUGUCUUCUCUUGUUGAUCCGUCUCCUCGUACUCUUGGUGGUGGAAAGUAUGGCUACAGUGCCACAGCUUCAGCUGUGGAACUUGCACAAGCUUUCUCUCGGUCCUCUUCAAUUGGAUCUACCAUGACAGGUGCUGCUCGUGGUGCUAACAGCCUCCGUUCUCCGCUCAGUCCUCUGCCCAAGAGUUCUGGUCAGGGCUACGGACCUGGAUAUGGAAAUGGUCUUCCGAGCCCCUACGGUCCGCGAGAUGCCCCGUUUUCUCGGCUUGCCGAGGCCCCUCCACCUCCGCCUGGAAGUGGCAGAGAUAUGUAUCAAGGUGGUGGUUUCGGUGGAGACGGACUUUCUAAUGGCUACGGCAGUGGAAAACUGGGUGGAUAUGGUGGCGUGGACGUGAAGAACUCGUUUGGGCGGGCGGAGCUUUCCUCAGGUCGUGAGCGUGAGGAGUUCGAUGACCUUCCUGGAAAGCGAGGAUUGCCUAUAAGGCAAAAGGAAGGAUAUUAUGAUUAGUCAAUGCCAAUCACUGAAGACCUGUCAGUGUGACUCGGAAUGGAUGUAACUUCUGAGGCGUAAGCCAAUCUUGUCUCCAUCUUCCUUCUUUGUUUGUCGCUGAGGGUAGGGUAAUUUCAGAAAUGUCCUGCUAGUGUUUUCUAAAUGAUGUUCUUGAUUGGAGAAACGAUAGAACAUGCUUUCUCUUGUCUUAGAAUAUCCGGUUGGCUGUUUUAGUUUUGGCCGUUCGCCAAGUGGCUUAUACCCGGUAGAAGCCAACAAGCCUGUAGGUCUAGUUGUCUAGCAAAAGUAGCAUUUUCUGCAGGACUGCCUUAGAAAUCCUUUGACGUCAUGUAGUUAUUUCAGAGGCAAAAGUAUGUUGGUCACACGAGAGCUUGCAAGUGUCCCUGUUUCAGCAUUUGAUGAUAUUGGUGGGCAUUCAUCUCAUUCUUGAUUCAUCUAUUUUUACCAUCGAAAGAGAAGAUGGCGAU